AGUCAGAGACCAAAUAGCAGUGAUUUUUCUUUCCAUUGCUGCACUUCAUGAUGAAGUGAUUGUGUGGGUGAAGGACACACUGGUAGUUGUGUGUGUCUGAGCUAUGAUAAUAAUUUGUAGUUGUUUGCUCCUUUUCUCUCUCUCUUUCUGUAAGUGGUGAUUAGAGUGCUUAUGAAAUAACUAGCAUAGUGCAAAUAUUUUUCUGAACAAAAAGGUCGAGAGUUCAAAAACUAAUGAAGGAUCAGAGUCCUCCUCUGUUGAGAGCUCUCUGUUGCUCAGCCUCAGAGUAAGCAGACUAUGCCAUGAUUUAUGGCAUUUUCUUACUGGCUACAAACUGCCCCAGAAAUAAUGGAGUAACGAUAAAAAUAAAGACUUGUAGCACGAGUUUCACUUGGCUGUACUGUAGCAUGUCUAGAAGUGAACUGUUCUCUAAAUGUUACAGAUAAAGAAUGGCUUUUAUGGUUAUGUGAUUCUGUAGUGCUGUGCAAUUAAACAGCCUGACUGUGGCUGGUUGUGCACCAAGGGCAAUAGCUCUAAGUCAUCAUUAGCUGACCUUAAUUAGUAAUGUACAUGCAGGUGGUUUUUGUCUAUGUGAACUCCGCCUUCCUUGCGCUUUCAGGCAAACGUGAAUGUGUUCUGACAGAACAAGAGUAACUUUCUGUCAAAGCAGGGAUGUUUGGAUGUGCCCCCGUGGUGUUUCAUUGUACUCGAUUCCUCCUCAAGCAUUGGCAAUUUUUUGCUUGCUCCCUCAUCAGGCAGGAGCAGUGGGGAGGAAAAACUUUGGGGACAACACGCCCUGCAUAAGGAUGCAAUGAGCAUUUAAAUUUUAGCACACAAUUUAGAACCAUGAAGGCAAGAUUAAUGAUUUACUGGUUGCAGUCCUGCUCUGAGGACAUCCAGCUGAGCCCUUUACCAAAGACACUUUGUUUGAUGAAGUGGAGUUUAUUAAUUGGUUUAAAGACCUGUCCUUUUUCCAGGCCACCAGCCAAUUCAGUGCUUGGCAGAUGUGAGUGUUGUUACUUGGCCUUGACUUAUGUUUCAUCAGCGUUUUGUCUGUGGUGGAGGCUUGCAGUCUGCUCCUCUGCAGGAAUCCACUGCUCAUCCUUAGGGCUAAUUUCUUGCUUAAAACUGUAAUGCCUUUCCAGUGCUUCCUUAUACCCAGUCUCCAAGAGCCUAAGCCUGGGUUGAAGGAACUGAUGUAAAGAGAUUCCUGCCCAGGUCUGGCAGGCAUCCAGGUUUUUGCCCUGAUGGCAGCAGCAAGUGUACCUUUGCCAUCAGCACUGAGUUGCUACAGCUUUUCAUCAAAAAAAGAAUCGCGUCUCUCCCUCUUGAUUCUGUUUUUAGAAACAGCUACACCAUUCUUAGUAAAGUGCUGGGUUUUUUUGAUGGGAGAAGGAGGGGAAACCUUACCCCGAGCAGAUGCCCAGUAUGGAAAGUCUCUGUCCAUUUUAGAAAUGAUGCAUAAGCUGUAUAUGUCUUAUAGUAUGAAGCUGAAAGUAUUAUUCAAGCAGUCUUGUACUGCUGUGGGGCAUUCUGCUCUCUCUGAUUGAGAGGCUCUGUACACCAGAUGCUCUGAACAGCUCGUAGAGCUUAGAACUCCCUUCAAUCCCCAACCUGGGAGAGCAGUGGGGAUUCAUGGGCAGUUUAUCUGUUUCUACACAGAUUAUACAUGUAAAACAAAAUACACUGGAUUUGUGAACUGCUUGCAAAUUUGAGCUUUGUGUGAUUUGAGUUUGAUCUGAAUCAUGUUUGUUGUUUGUUCAUAGAUGGCUUGUGGGUGAUGUGCUGUGCAAGUGCCUCAAGUUUCUCUUGAAAGAUGUGUUCCCCAAAUCCAGCAAACUGGGUCACCUUUGAUGAUGAGCCUCUCUUCCAGUCACCUCAGAAACUGGCUGACAGUCAGAGUGGCUGCAAACCGAAUGGCCUUAAGCUCAACCUGUCCAGCGUUCAUGAGUCUUCAAGCAGGUCCUCCUCUACAGGCAGCACUCCACUCUCAUCUCCUGUAGUUGAUUUCUACCUAAGUCCCGGACCCCCCAGCAACUCUCCACUUACUACACCGACCAGAGACUACCCCUGCAUUUCAAAGUCUGGGAUUCACAUGCUUUAUCCCAUCCCUGAGUGGCCCUCAAACGCUAACCAUCCUCCAUCCGCUGGGAUUUGCUCAUCCCUGGCCUCGCAGAAACUGAGCAGCCUUCCUUUGAACCCCUCACCUAAUGACCAUCCAGGUAAGGCUUUGGUCUCCAAAUCUGCAGAUGAAGGAAGCCCUAACCCACCAGGAAGCUGCGAGGAGCUGGCUCCAGGACACUUCCCAUACUUCCACAGCGACUGUGCUUUUUCCAGUCCAUUCUGGAAGGAAGGCUCCUCCCUCAGCGUGUUGCCAGCUAAUGUUAGCGCGCACAGGAAGGACAAAGUGCUUGACAGGAGCGGGUGUCAUCCUAGAGACAAAGAAACGUGUCAUGAUCAGAAAAGCCUUAACCAGGGCUCUUUCAGUUACAUCUGUGAGAGGCUUGAACACCUGCAAGCUGACAGCUGUGAGGCCAUGGAAAACUCACCCAUCUCCAGCACCCACACGUGGCACAAGCUCUCCCCUGCCAUCCCACACAGCCUUUUCAGGAGCCAGAAAUCGGAUGGGUGGCCCUUCAUGCUGAGGAUUCCUGAAAAGAAGAACAUGAUGUCAUCUCGGCAGUGGGGCCCUAUUUACCUGAGUGUCCUGGCUGGAGGGGUGUUGCAGAUGUAUUACGAAAAGGGCCUGGAGAAACCUUUCAAGGAAUUCCAGCUGCAGCCACAGUGCAAGCUGUCGGAACCCAAACUGGAGAGCUACAAUGUCUCAGGAAAAAUCCACACUGUGAAGAUUGAGUGCGUGUCUUACACAGAGAAGAGGAGGUACCACCCCAAAGUAGAGGUGAUCCAUGAGCCGGAGGUGGAGCAGAUGUUAAAGCUGGGCACCACCGACUACAACGACUUCACCGAUUUCCUCGUGACGGUUGAGGAGGAGCUCAUGAAACUUCCUGCUGUUUCCAGACAAAAGAGGAAUUAUGAAGAGCAAGAAAUGACUCUGGAAAUAGUGGAUAACUUUUGGGGGAAAGUCACUAAGGCAGAAGGAAAACUCGUAGAAAGUGCGGUCAUCACACACAUUUACUGCUUGUGUUUUGUGAAUGGCGGUGCCGAGUGUUUUCUAACCCUGAACGACCUGGAACUCCAGAAGAGGGAUGAGCGUUACUUUGAGAAGGAGCAGGAGAAGAAGUGGAUCGAUAUUCUCGAGUGCCAUUUCCAUAACUGUGUCAAAGCACAGGAAUUUGAGCAAUCACGGAUUAUUAAGUUUACACCCCCGGAUGCCUGCAGGCUGGAACUGAUGCGUUUCAGGACACGCUACAAUGGGCAAGACCUUCCCUUUUCUGUGAAGGCUGCAGUGGUGGUUCAGGGGGCAUACAUUGAACUUCAGGCUUUCAUAAACAUGUCUUCAACUGCUCAGAUCUCAACACGUUUAUCCUCUGUGAAAUACUGUGAAAAUGUUAUGAUACGCUUUCCUGUUCCCACACAGUGGAUCAAAGCGCUUUGGACCAUGAACCUCCAAAGGCAGAAGUCCCUAAAAGCAAAAAUGAAUAGGAGAGCAUGCCUUGGGGCUUUGCAUGAGGUUGAAUCUGAUCCUGUAAUCCAAGUCUCGGUUGGAACAGCAAAAUACGAGAAUGCCUACAGGGCCGUGGUGUGGAAGAUUGACAGGCUUCCAGAUAAAAAUUCAAGUUUGGAUCAUCCACACAGCCUGUCUUACAAACUGGAACUGGGAUCAGACCAGGAGAUACCAUCUGACUGGUACCCAUUUGCUACUGUCCAGUUUGUUAUUCAUGAUACCUGUGCCUCGGGAACAGAAGUGAAGUCCCUGGGCAUAGAGAGUGAUCUGCAGCCCCAGAAACAUGUGGUUCAGAAAGCUUUUUACAAUUGCCAGGUUGAAAUUGAAAAGAAGUGGAUUAGGCUUGAUGGAGAAGACCCAGAUAAGGCUGGCAACUGCCUAAUGCAAUGAAAGAGAACAGGAGACACUGUCAUAGGAUAUUAGUAGGAAUCAAUUUGCAUAGGAAAUUCUAUUGUUAGAAUACGAGCAGUGACCUAGUUUAGGGUAAAUAUGGUCAUUGAAUUUUUUUUAGUGCUUAUGGGUUUGAGUCUGCAAAUCAGUAGUCAUUUGACUGGCCUGCAUUCAAGUAAACUUCCUGUCAUGGGAGUCCUGGUAUGAGUAAAGGUCUCCCUGUCAGAGAGGCAGGAUGUGAGCACUUCAUUGACUGGUUCUAAUGUGUUAUUUUCCUGUUGUGUAUCUGUGACUUGGGAAUGAUCUCAUAUUCUGUAUUGAAACCUAAUGGCUCUACUCAAAGGGUUCAUGUCACUUGGACAUAUAAUAUUUGGUAAUAAAAACUUCCAGAGUGCUUAUGAUCUGUCAGCACCUGUGUAAGGUCCAGAAGGACCAAUAACAUUUUUUAGUGCUGUUUGAAAACUGAAGUCCCUCAUGUUUUGGCCCACCUUGAUGUAUGUGAGCAGAACAAGUCCAAAUAAUAUUCUCAAUAAGAGCCUUAAGUAAGGGGUUGAAAAUUGGGUGAUUUCUUUGGGAAAAAGGGUCCUCUGCAAUAAUACUCUUUAUUCUCCUGUGGCUGCAACUGUCUCCUCCUCUGCACUUUAUAGGUUUACUUAAAGUAAUCUCUUGGGGAAAAAAAAAUAGCAGAUGUGAUUGAAGUUUCUGUGCCAGUAUUAGACAGUUCCAUUUCACUACUGUAGCAAGUGAGAUAAGGGGUGGAUUCUCAGUGAAUGUAAAUCAGUCCAGACCCAUUUCAUCUGAUGAGGCUUGGAGAAUUUACACUAGAGGAGGUUUCUCCCCACAAGCUGGAAAAAAGACUGGUUGCUGCUGUUUGCUCUGUCUCCUUUAGGAUGCAAGUUCCAGAUGUUGGUAAGGAAACUGCAGGAGUUAUGGCUUUGAGUAAAUUUCAAAACAUGCAUGGAAAGGGAGAUGUUUUCAUGCUCCUGGCUCUAAAGGCAUUUUCCAUGGGGAAAUAAUGCAGGAAUGGGCUGUCACAAGAGACAUGAAGCUGUGAUGCUUCACUGGGCAGCCUGAGCCACUAAUCACUAAUGUCAGUGUGUUAACUGUGUUUUCAACAAACAAUUGGCCUUCAGGGAAAGGUUCUAAUACUCCCCUUCAGCCAUUAUCCCCUUUGUCAUUUUCUGCAGGCUGCAAUUCCAGGUCUGAAGAAAUAUGAUAAAUUUAAAAAAUACUCUUUUUUUUUUUUCUUUUUUUUUUCCUUUUUUUUUUUUGGCCUGCAGUUUUCUUAAAAUUAGCCUUACUUCAAACUAAAAUUAGUAGAGAACAAAAAUAUAGUAAUGCACUGCCUCACUUUAUAUUUUAUACAGCUUGUAACUGUUUAUAUGAACACUGUGUAAAAAUACAGAUAAAUGGUGUUCCUCAGCAGUAGAAAUAUGUGGGAUAUACACCAAGAAAAUUACCAGUCUGAGGAAACAGAAGACCAUAAUAUGAACCUAGUUCAUCACAAUAAACUUUUCCCCCCCAUCCAGAAGCUGAGAAUGAAAUGGGUAAUAGAUUCCAUAGUAAGUCCUGAGGGCAGGUUUUUUAUGGGUAUUGCAUUGCCAAAGCCCCAAGUAGACUAUUAUGGUAUUUGGGCUUCUCUAUAUAUCCCUUUUUAUUAGCAGAUUAUAUUGUUCUAAAUCUAAGAAAGCAUUGGACUAUAGUAGUGAUCCAAAUAUGUCUCAGCUGUUGCAUCUUCCAUCUGUGUUUUGACUUGAGAAGCCAUUAGCACCUUCAAGUCAUAUUUGGUGUGUUUCAUUAAUAUUUCAUUUUGGUUUAUAUUCUGCUCAGCUGAACUAAGUGGCACAGUGUUGCCACCUGGGCAAAGUGUUUAUACUUGGCAACUUGGUAAGCUCUGCAGUUUGCUGAAGUCUCACAUGGUUGUACUACAGCUAAAAUAUUUAUUAACCUCUUUGCUCAGUGAGGUAGAGGAAGCAAAAUAUGCAUUGCAAUUACCUGCAGUUAUCUUUGUCUGAGGCUGGCUUGUUCUGAUGGGCAGUGAACAGCUAAUUCAGUAAACCUACUAACAGUGAUUUCUCUCCGAAGUCUGUGUCGUCCAGCUGGCCCCUCUUUUUCUAUUUUUAAGAAAGAGGAACCUGAAUAUCUCCAUUCCACCUCUUUCAUCUUAGGAUCUCCAUUCACAGCACUCACCUCCUGGGCACUGGGUACCUGGUGGUGUUACAGUCCUGCAGAAGCUGUGGCUGCUUUUCUGCUCUCAGGUUUCUGCUGUGUCUCAGGGUAUGUUCAAGGAGCCUGUGUUGCGUUGGCCCUUCAAGAUACAAACUACUGUUUGCAGUGAGUAGCUUAAAUGAAGAAUGACUACCUUACAAGUCACCAUUCCUACUAGAGAGCUGUGUUAAGGUGUUACGGUGCAAAUGAUCAUUCAGACUUACUGAACUCAGUAACAUAAAAAGGUAAAGAUACAGCUUUAUAUGUGUUGCAAACCCCUGGAUUUUCAUCUGACGCUUGCAAGACUCAUGAUUAACUUUAAUCAGAAUUGAAUCAAGGUAAUAGGAAAUUAAUUCCACAGAAAUACUGCUACACUGAAAGAAAGUUAUUCUGUUUAAUACAUGACUUUCAGUUUAAACUUGACAAUUAGUGCAGCCUAAGGUUGAAUAAUUACUCUGUUCGGUCUCACACUGAUAUUUGUAUGCUUUGAUGUCAGAAUAUUUAAAAAUAGGCUGCAGUUUAAUAAAAUAAAAUUUGGGUUAUCUGACUUUUUUCCCCUCCAUCAAAUUUGAACUUCCUAUUAUAUUGCAACAUGCCCAGCCAGAAAUAACCAGGCUUCUCCUUUCUUCUGUGCUGUUUUGAGCAUAACUUACUAAACAAAUAUUAUAAACUCUAAGACUCAUUGCUAGCAUUUUACAUGAAUAUUACAGCAGCUGAUACUGAAUGGGCUCUGAAUUCUUUAGAAAUCUGGGCUACAAGUAGUCUAAUUGUAAUUUUGGGAAGGGGAAUGGAGAUGAAGAACAUUUGCUAUAAGUUGUUGUGAUGCAUAAGCUGUGUCCAGCUAGCAGGACUGGAGCUUUAGAUAACCCAUGAGGUUUUGGCAUGGUGUGAGGAGCCAGGUUUCACACGUGUCUGGUCUCUGCUUCCCACAGUGAGCGCCUGCAGUCACUGAAAUGCUUCCAAGUGUCUGGGUCACUAAAGAAACUGACAUUUCAUUAACAUUUACUUCAGGGCAAUGUUUAGGUGUUAUCUCUGUUUCCUUCACAAAGGACCAGCAGUGUUUGGGAGAUUUUAUAUUUAAAACAGAAAUCAAUGAGAACAACUAUUUUUGUAGUGUGUUUGCCUUACUUACAAAGUGUAUUUUCUAAAACUGACAAAUUUUAUCUUUGCAUUCAUCUUUCCCAUAUUAAUUGUAUUACUACAAGUAAAUGGUAGUUGAUGUAAUUUUGAAUUCAAACACCCAUUGAAGUCAGUGGAAGUCUUUUAACUGACAAAAUGGGAUCUGCAUCAAAGUCACUAAGAAUAAAAGAGAGGCAAAAAAGAAGAAGAAAGGAGUAGUGGUAAUGGUCUGUAGAUGCUUUUUUAUGUCAGUAAGAAACCUGCAAUGCCUGCUUAUUCCAACCAGAAGAAAGCACAAAGGUAGGAAAAGAGGUGUUACUGGAUGCCACAGCUGAAGCUUUGCAGUGACUGGGAGCAAUGGUUCUGUUGCUCCUGGGCAGAAACUCUCAAGAAAUGACGAUGAUGAUGCACUCCAUUGAACUUGAUACCAAGCCACUGUCAUCCUUAUGCUCCUUGCUUUGUUUUCUUCCAGAUUCUGUAUUAAUUGUCCAAAAGUAUUUUACAUCUGAACACAUGUUUUCACGUGUUACUUUUGGUUGUGUUUAUUUUACCUGGCAGACUUCUUUGCUGUGGUACUGGUGUCCAUAUUUCUAUUUUGCAUUUAUUUGUCUUUUUGUUACUUAACACAGUAACUAACUGCUGCAGUUAGUAGUUCUUAGCAAUAAUUUUGAUAACUCUGAAGCAGUGCUGUUACUCCUAAUGGAAACUAUAAUUUUAUUUGGGUCUUUUGUCAGUAUAAGUGCAAAGAGAUCAUGCUGAUAAUCUUGUAAUAACAUUUUGUAGAUUGCAUAUUGAUUAAAAAAAUAAA